UCCCACAGGAGAUCUUGUAAACAAUCAGUCCAUUAGGGCUGAUACAACUUCCCUAACAAGUGAAGUAGUUAACACACUCAACUACUUAACUCCCUAUCCUUAAAUUGUGAGUCCGUACAGAGUAAUCCUGCAGCAUCAUCUUACAUUUGCCAAGGGCGAAUUGCAUGUCAAACAAAGAUUUCUGCUCAAGGUAUUAGGAAGACUUCAAUCUAUAAAGACUAUCAUCUGCAAUCUGAUAACAAAUCACUCCCUAAUUCUCCCAAGUUCAUCGAAGUCACAUUCGUUAAUAUAUAUGUGAUGAAAAUUUAAAAAAUGGGGCCAGCAGGUAUCCCUGACAGACACAACUGGUUCUCAUCACUUCACAGUGUAAUCACAGUUUUGCCAUCGUGAUAGUCCAAACCUAAUUAUGAUAAAUGUUUUAUGGUUUAAGGAAGUGGUAAAGAACAACAAACCAUCAGUAUUUGCUGUAUUUCGGAAACCGCUAUAAAACUCACAUAUUUGUAUUUCUUUGAAACUCCAGGUAAAUUCAUUUUUUGGUUUGUAUUGCUUACCCUUUUAAUGGAGUUCUUUUUCUAUUUUUCCUAGUUGGUUAUAACACUGUCUACUGGCUUCCUUUACCUGUGUUGUAUAUGACAUAAUGGAACAACCACUUAUCUAUAUGGCUAUGGACAAUGCGAAAGUUAUAAUCAAUUUGCUAAAAGCAGUUCACUUCCGUGAUCUUGCUACUAUAUUUGCAACAAAUAAUGGUAUCAAAGUGACUGUUGAAGACUCAAAGUGUAUUCAAGGAAACGCAUUUCUCCAUUCAGCACUUUUUCGGGAGUAUUCCGUGAAAAAGGAUAUCGUAUCGUUUAGAACAAACCUUGGUAUACUCAUUGACUGUUUAUCUAUCUUUGGAACGUCGGUUCAAGGAUCUCCUGUGUCACUCAUUAUGUCAUAUAAAACACAUGGCAGUACAGUGGACUUGUUGUUAGAAGAAAAUGCGGUUGUGGCAGAAUGCAAUAUCAAGACUAUGGAGGCGUUUGAGAUACUUGACUUUGAUUUCUCUAGCAGUAAUAUCGCAGAUAAAUUCAUAAUGAAGUCAGACUGUAUGCGUGAAGCAUUCAACGAAUUAGAUACUUCAAGUGAGAUUUUGGAGGUUGCUAUAAUACCACCUCCAGCAAUUCAACCCCGUCUUCGCUUAACUACUUACGGUUUUGCUGGGACUAUGCAUUUCGAUUUGCCUCGGUCGUCUGAUCAAGUGGAGGUGUUUGAAUCUAGCACUGCAAGUCCUAGGAUAGCUCGCUUUCGUCUUUCACUGUUACGACCUGCAACAAAUCGAGCUUUGUCAAUGGCCAGUCGUAUUUCUCUGCGUAUCAAUGAUCGUGGUUUUCUGUCCAUUCAAUAUAUGAUAAACGUUUCAGACAAUGAGGUUGCUUUUGUGGAGUUUUUCUGUGUUCCAGAUGUGGAUGAGACCGAAGAGCAAUCAGAAUCUCAAACAAGCAUGAAUACUGAACAAUAUGAAGCUACAAAAUCCAACAGAACGGCUCAGAUUCCAUCGACAUCGAAGUGUCCAGUUAAUACGUUGGAUCCUGACUGGAGUGACUGACAAUUGUAGUUUUUGUUUUCCUGAUAUCUUUUUGUACAAAGAAGUAAAGAUCUACACAUUAAAAAAACGUUGUCUCGGAUACAUAUCUUCUGCAUCUCUUUUUAAAUAUGAACUCUUAAUUUUAAAACA